AUGGCUCCGGCGCAGACCCCCAGGCCAGCUCGCGCCGCGACCAACACAUCAAGCUCACGUUCCUCCCAAGAAGCAACACCCAACUUCACCGAUCCGUCCUUUGACCCAGCCGAAUUUCUCAACGAUGCCCUACCCCCCCUGACGCUGGCGUCAUCGCAAACCCGCGGCCCCGGCGCCGUGCCCCUCCCCGAACUCUCGACGCAAGUGCAAUCGAUCCUCUCCCAGAUCAACGCGCAGAAUGUCCGACUCUCGAACCAGCUCACACAACUCACCGACGAGAUCCUGCGCAGCGGUAGCCGUCUGGCGUAUGAGGUGGAGGUGCUGCGGGGCGAAGCGAUCAGCCUCUCGGACACGCUGGCGGAAACGCUGCAGCCGGAUAUCGCGAAUUUUGUCCCCGAGGGACUAGACGCUGUGGACCGUGAUGCGGAAACCGUCCAAUCUACAGAGGAUGGAGAGGAGGGGCAGGAGCAGGAGCAGGCGAAGGAUGGAGAAGGCGGUAGGACCGUCGUCGCUGAACCGGACUACAUCGCGAAACUACGGGUGUUGAACCAGGUGCGGUCGCGACUGGAGGACGUGGUGCAGACGUUCGGCGACGCCAUGGAAUGGCCUCUUCCGCCGUCGGAGACGUCGCUCGCGUCGUCGUUCAUAUCCGUUUCCGCGCCGGAGCUUGGGGUGGAGAACGCCAGUCUCGAGGAGAAGGGGCAGGAGGUUGCGAAGCGGCUGCGGGGCGAGAUCACGCAGUUUCUCGGUAGUAACGGGGGCGGGCAGGCAGGGCUGGAGCCCGCAGCGCAGCGCGUUGAGGCUCUCCGUGAGCUGGCGUUGGUGUGGAAGGGCUCCGCUGAGGAAAAGGCGCGAGGUCGGUUUGUCGACGGUCUGGCGAAGAUGGUGGAUGACCGUCGCCGGGCGCUCGAGAGUCAAAGCGUGUCGAAUCAGGCCCAGCAGCGAGGCUCGUCGACGGCAGGGAGGCCGACGGGCCAUCAGCGGCAGGAGAGCGAGGGGCCAGGUGGUGGCAUCUUCAAGAAUCUACAGCGUUUACGGGAGGAGAUAUACCUGGAAUGA